UUAGGUUUUGACACAAGAUGAAGAAGCUCACCGCCUGAAGCAACGCCGUUUGAACUUCAACAGUUUGCGGCUAAUCACACACACCCUUCAUUCGUACAAUGAUCUUAUUUCUUCGUUCUUCGGCCUCAAGGAACCCCCUAGCAAGAUGUUAUUUUUAUACCCAAAAACCGAGGAGAUGGAAGCGUCUUGAGAAGAUGAGAGGGGUCUCCUCACUCGGUUUCUCUCACAGCUUCUCCUUCAUCACCACCGUCCGUCUACUCCACCGCCGCUCCCAUCCAACGGUCGUCCACUCUCAGCUGCGUGAAUGUCAGUCCCUGGAAGAACAGUACCAGAAGAAAGCCAAGAAAUACUGGGACAGCUUCUACAAACGCCACCAAAAUAAGUUCUUUAAGGAUAGACAUUACUUGCAGAAAGACUGGGGGCAUUACUUCUCUGAUGACUCUAAGUUUGUUUUGGAGGUUGGUUGUGGAGCUGGGAAUACUAUCUUUCCUCUUGUCGCUGCAUACCCCAAGCUUUAUGUUCAUGCUUGUGAUAUGUCACCUCAAGCCAUUGAACUUGUUAAGUCACAUGUGGUGUUCCAAGAAGACCGGGUAAAUGCAUUUGUCUGCAAUGUAAUAGAUGAUAAUUUAUCUGAUUAUAUCAAUCCUUCGUCAGUUGAUGUUGUUACUUUGAUUUUUAUGUUGUCUGCAGUUUCUCCCAAGAAGAUGCCUUUAAUAUUAGAGAAUAUUAAAUCCGUAUUAAAGCCAAAUGGCUUUGUUCUCGUACGAGAUUAUGCUGUUGGUGAUUUUGCUCAAGUAAAGCUUCAAGGCAGAAAUCAGAUGAUUGGUGACAACUUCUAUGUCCGAGGUGAUGGUACUUGCUCAUUUUACUUCUCUGAGGAUUUCCUGUCAACUCUGUUUCUUGAAGCUGGCUUCAACACCAUAGAUGUCAGUGUAUACUGCAAACAAAUUAAAAAUAAUUCUCGCGGCAUUACAAUGGAUAGGCGAUGGAUUCGAGCUGUAUUUAACAACUUCAACAGCAACUCUCCAGAUUCUGCUCUUAUUAGACAGGCUAGAUGACGAUCUAAUGAUUCAUAUGUUAACUGAUCCAGUAGUCCUCCAAUUCAAGAACUCUGCUUUCCUGGUUUAGAUGCAAGGGCUAUUGUGAGGUUAGACUUGAACACUUCAUAUGCUGCGAUUUUGCUUCUUCCCAUCUAUGGCUGUGAAACUCAUAGGUCCAUUAUCGGUCUUACCUUCACCAAUUCGAUUUUCUACUACUGGCAGAGGAUUCACGCGCAAGUGUCAAGUUCGAAUGAGUUCCAACAACCCAACUUAAGUGCAAACAAGUACUUGAGAACCUGGCCUUCAGAAUAGAUCUCAGGAGAAAACAAGGAAAAAGGCUGUAAAUUUAGUCGACUCUAAGAUAUUCAAGCAGUAUGAAUGACUGAUAUCUAAUGCAUCUUAAAAAUUCUAGCAGAAUUGAUUUACUCAUUUCUGAGAAUACCAAAAUUUUCUGUUUUUA